UUUGUUCUCUCUCACAGGUUAUUCAAAGCCAUUGAAGAAGGUCAAGAUCCAAAAACAGUCGGUCUUAAUCAACCAUUACAUCCAAUGUCAACCUUCUACGCUAUAUCAAACUUGGCACUGAAUAUACUGACUCGAAUUGUAGCACGUAAUUGGAAUUAUCCUGGAAAGAAUGUUAUUGUUACUGCUGUCUGUCCGGGCUACUGUAAAACCGAUAUAACCCAUGAAGCUGAGGAUGCAAGAGAUCCACAACUGUGUGCUGAUUCAAUUUUAUGUCAAGUCUAUGGUGAAAAUUUGGAAAGUGGACAGUUCUGUCGGGAUGGGAAAAAGAUGCCUGAUGAAAUGAAAAUUGAAGGUAUGACAAACAUACAAUCUUCAGUCCCAAUCCACCAUGCGGCUGAUACACUUUGA